GGGGUCACACUGGUUGUGAAUGAAGAAGACAAAAAUUGCUCGUCAUUCGCAGUAGGCGAUUCACUGAAUUUUUGAAAAACCCUUCAAAUUCAACGCAUUAUAUAUCCCCGGAGUAAUUCCAACAGAUCCUCACUCUAAUCUCGCCAACUCUCGAGAAGCGCCCGCAUCAUGUUCGGAAGACAAAGUGGACUGGGAAGUUCCAGCAACAGCAGCAACCUGGUGGAGUUCCGAGCCGGUCGCAUGAACAUGGUUGGCAAGAUGGUUCAUCCGGACUCGCGCAAGGGCCUGGUCUACAUGACGCAGAGCGACGAUGGCCUGAUGCACUUCUGCUGGAAGGAUCGUACCUCCGGCAAAAUCGAGGACGACCUGAUCGUCUUCCCCGACGACUUCGAGUACAAGCGCGUGGACCAGUGCAAGACGGGCCGUGUCUAUGUGCUCAAGUUCAAGUCCUCGACGCGCCGCAUGUUCUUUUGGAUGCAGGAGCCGAAGACGGACAAGGACGAGGAGCACUGUCGCCGCAUCAAUGAGCUGCUCAACAACCCCCCAUCCGCCCACCAGCGCGGCGGCGGCGGCAGCAACGAUGGCGACCUUCAGUACAUGCUAAACAACAUGUCGCAGCAGCAGCUGAUGCAGCUCUUCGGGGGCGUCGGCCAGAUGGGAGGACUCAGCUCCCUUCUGGGUCAAAUGAACUCACGUACGCCCUCGUCGCGAAACACCUCCUCAUCGGGUGGCGGUGGUGCCUCGGCCCUACAGACGCCCGAAAAUGUUAGUGUGCCUCGCACUCCGACCGCCCCAUCCAAAUCUGGCAGUAGUCGCGGCAGCAGCAACGUGACCUCGCAGGCAGGAGAGGCUACCGGCAGUGCCGGCUCCUCCGUUGAUGCGGAUGCCUCCGGUAAGAACACAGCCACAUCGACCACAACGGCGUCAGAAUCGACCGGAGCCUAUGCCAACCCAUUCCAAGCCUACUUAUCCAAUCUCUCCCCCGAACAUGGCGCAGGACGAUCCCUGAAUAUUGACUUGUCGACGGCGCUGUCGGGUGCCGAGGCCAUUAACCAGCUCAUUGCCGAUCCGGAGCGGGUCAAGUCGCUGAUCGUACACCUGCCCGAGUCGGAGGAUACCGACGAGGAUCGCAAGCAGCAGAUCAAGGACCACAUUACCUCCCCGCAGUUCCAGCAGGCCCUCGCACAGUUCUCAAAUGCUCUGCAGUCGGCCCAGCUGGGUCCAGUGGUCAAGCAGUUCGAGCUGUCCAACGAAGCGGUGGCCGCCGCCUUCUCCGGCAACUUGGAGGACUUCGUCAGGGCUCUGGAGAAGAGCCUCCCAGCCGGUGCCACCAUGGGUGGCGAACCGUCGGCCAGCGAAAAGAAGGGCGAUGCGGAAACUCCUACUUCUGUGGAUGAGAACACCGAUCCUUCUGCUGAGAAGCAGGAGGAGAAACAAAAAUAGCUUUAGCCUGCGCACCACCAUUUAUUGUAUGAGUUCGAAAGCCUAUUUUUUCAUGUAUUAAGUAUUCUUUGAUUCUGAAUAAAUUAACAAGGGAGUUACAUAUGCUUCAAA